AAUGAAGAACAGUGCAUAAAGGAUCUGUGUAAAUGGGGUCAGAAAUACGGCGUGAAUGGUUUUGUGAGGUUCUCUGGAUGUUAAGAUGCGUCAAUGCCGAUGCUGAUUUGUGGAUCAUGGGAUGCAAAUGAAUUUUGAGAGUAUGAUCUGCAACUUCGACUCUCACAUCGAGGUCGCUUCGUUCUUAAAUCUCGAACGCACUCGCCUCAGCGGCGGAAAUCCGGAGCUGCCUGAGGACCCUAAUACUAAAGUGCAUCGCGCUGUGGAAAUCACGCGUUCUGCUUCAUGGCACGAUCAUUAUCCAGGAGAAACCCGAAUUAUGCUUGACUUUUCUGGGCUCGUCUCUUUCUGCGAUACCGCUCUUG